AUGGCGUUCUUUCUGCUUAGUUCCCACAAACCGGUCCAAGGACUGCCUCCUGCAGCUGAUGGCCAUCUGGGUUCGGGACACUCAGAGGCUACAAGGACAAUCGCUGACUUAGGCAUUUUGAAUGUUUUGUCAGAAGCCCAGCUAAUAGACUACAAGAGGUUCACUAUACUUUGUGUAUGCAAUUUUCUAGUUCGUAAUGCAGUGGGAGCAGCGUUAUCUGGAAAUGUGUACGUCGUCGACUGUGGCCAGAUAAAUCAGCUACCCACUCUCAUUUACACCUUCCAAGGGUUUGAACUGAGUCUACUCCCCGAACAAUAUGUUCAAGAAAGGGAGACGCGCGGACCGACUCAGUGUUUCAGUUCGAUCGUUUCAGAUCCAGGAAUAAGAAACGAAGACAUGGUUUUGGGAAUGUCUUCCAUGGAACACUUUUUGACGAUGUUUGAUCAAGAAACGAAAAGUGUGGGAUUCCAACCGAGGCUCUGUUGA